UAAACCAGUCCAUUCAUCCCAGAAACGCCAGGGAAGUGUACAUCCCUGCUUGAAUGCCUAGUGGCCACUUCCAUCAUCAAGGUCUCGGCAGAACCACCAUGGAUAUAAAGAGAUGAUCCAGCCUGAGAACUACAAGCUGCAACAAGCAAUCCAAGCUCCAAUAUGUCCUCCAUGAAAGAGCCUCUGCUACCUUUGGUCCAGCGCGACCAGAAGUACAUUUCCAAGAAAGACAGAAGAAGAUCCUGUGAUGUUCCAAGCAGGUGUGCAACCUCCUUUUCCCCAAACAGCUAUGUCAAAGCUAACUUCAGCACUCCCAAUCAUCUGCCACCCACUGAUGAAAGUACCAACAUGGUGUCCUCACCAAAUAUCCAGCGGGUGCACUCUUCACCUUCUAUAUUCACAUCAAGCAAAGAAGCACACUGUGUGGAUGAGCUUGAUGGCCAAAGCCAUGCUGCUGAUGCACAAUAUACACCAUCAAUCGCAAGGCAGGCUAUUGUCAGUGUCAUCUUAUACAUCUCAAUAGGGGUACUUGUGUACAUGACAAAUGUUGAAGGCUUCAAGGGGAAAUCCACAUUCAAGUUAGUGGAUGCCCUUUACUUCACCAUCAUUAGUUUGUGCACAAUAGGAUACGGCGACAUAGUCCCCUGUACUACCUUCACAAAGGUGUUCACAUGCUUGUUCCUACUAGUCGGUGUUCGUUUCAUCGACCUUGUGCUAAAUGGGCUGUUGACAAAUGUACUGGACAAGCAGAGAACAGUUCUACUUAGCACAAUGGAUGAUAACAAGCUUAACAAGGUGUUUGACACCUACAUGAUUGAUGCUAGAAAGAAAAGGUCAAGAGGGAGGAUGAAAGUAAUAUUUGCAUUAUUGGUUGUAGCAGGCACUAUCUCAAUUUGCACAAUCAUAGUACAUGAAGUUGAGGGCCUAAACUGGAUCGAUAGUUUCUAUUUAUCAGUCAUUUCUGUUACAACAGUUGGAUAUGGAGACAAAAGCUUCUCAACAACAGCAGGAAGGCUCACUGCCACUGUGUGCCUGUUGGUAAGCACUUUAGCAGUUGCAAAGGCCUUCUUGUUCCUAACAGACUUAAGGAUGGACAAAAGAAACCGGCGGACUACAAAAUGGAUCCUCAAGAAGAAAAUGGACAACGAGCCCCUUGUUGGAGACCUAGACAACGACCCUGCUGUAAGCAAAUCAGAUUUUGUGAUCUACAAGCUCAAGGAGAUGGGGAAGAUUGAUGAGAAAGACAUCAAAUUGAUCUCUGACCAGUUCGAUCAGAUAGAGUUUGGAAAAUGUGAAAGGAUCCCUCUCGCAGAUAUAAUUGGAAAAUUAUGAAUCUGGUAUCUGUAACUUAGGAAUAUCCAUAUCACGAUGAUAGAUGUCCUCUUAGACCCUCAUGCUUUGUUAAGUAGCAUGCACAUGUAUGUGUGACAUAUUUAAUACCCUUGCAUGUCAUGAGUGUUCAAAUACAUUAUCCGUUGCAGUUUUACUCAAAUCUGAAAGUUGCGUAUUGUGGUUGAACUAAAGACUGCAUUAAUCUCCAGAAUGACUUAAACAUAUAGGGAAAAACAAAUUGUAAGAUGUAUAGGUAUACAGGAAGAAACACAAUGAACCAACAGACAAUAUUCAAUGCAUUCAUACAGGUAUUGAAUUCCUGAGGUUUCCUUAAGCAAUGGAGAGGCGA